CCUGUCUGUCAAGUAAUAAUAUUCAGGCAAAAUGGAAGAACGUGUCAACGGCUCGUUACAUGUACAGAGAUUUAAUUGGAAAUGGCUAAAAUGAACAAGAAGAAAUUUAAUAUAAAGGGCGUGUUCGACGGCAUACGAUUCUCCGUCGGCGCCCAGCAAAAAUCAGAAAAUGAGAUCGAAGAGACGUUACGAACAGAUCACUUUCAAGUUUGCAACACUGUUAGACAUGGAUUUCCUUAUCAACCAACAGCAGUAGCAUUUGAUCCGGUGCAGCAUCUUCUUGCUAUCGGCACAAAAACAGGCUGGCUCAGAUUACUUGGACGUCCUGGUGUUGAUAUUAGUUGUUGCCAUGACAAUGAAGUUGCUGUUACACAGAUUGUCUUUCUUGGAAAUGAGGGUGCUUUGGUUACUGUGUGCUCUGAUGAUAGUCUUCAUUUAUGGAAUUUCAGACAAAAACAUCCAGAAAUUGUUCAUUCACUCAAAUUUCAAAGAGAAAGAAUCACAUUCUGCCAUUUAGCUUUCCAAAGUAAAUGGUUGUAUGUAGGAACAGAAAGAGGAAAUGUACACAUUGUCAACAUAGAGUCGUUUGUCCUGUCAGGUUAUGUCAUCAACUGGAACAAAGCUAUAGAACUGUCAAGAAAAACACACCCAGGAGUAGUGGUACAUCUGAGUGAUAAUCCAGUUGACCCAAAUAAACUUCUAAUUGGAUUUGAAAGUGGAACCAUAGUAUUAUGGGAUUUAAAAUCAAAGCAGGCAGAAUUUAGGUACAACUCACCUGAGGCUCUGAGAUCUGUUUCCUGGCAUCAUGAGGGAAAGCAGUUCAUGUGUAGCCACUCUGAUGGUAGUUUAACCAGAUAUAAUGUUCGACAGCCACCAAAAUACAUAGACUUAAUGAUGCCGCAUGCAAAGACAGGUCGUGAUGGGAAAGCAGAACCAUGUAAACCUAUAGCAAAAGUAGAAUGGAAAUCUGUCAAAAAUAGUGAACCUUUAGUAAUAUUCUCUGGUGGCAUGUCAUAUGACAGGGCCGGACGGACACCAACAAUAACUGUGAUGAAUGGUAAAAGUACAACUGUUUUAGAAAUGGAGCAUAACAUUGUUGAUUUUGUUGUUCUGUGUGAGACACCAUGGGUAAAUGAUUUUCAAGAACCUUAUGCUAUAGUGGUAUUGUUACAAAAUGAUUUGGUGGUAGUAGACUUAACAACUCCUGGAUAUCCAUGUUUUGAGAAUCCCUAUCCUAUGGAUAUCCAUGAGUCUCCUGUUACAGCCUUACAAUACUAUGCUGACUGUCCACCAGAUAUUAUACCAGCAUUUUAUUCUGUUGGAUCUAAACAAAAAAGGAGUGGAUUCAGUGAAAAAGAAUGGCCAAUCAAAGGAGGAGUAUGGGGAACAACCACAUGUAGUUAUCCAGAAAUUCUCAUUACUGGUCAUGCUGAUGGAUCUGUCAAGUUCUGGGAUGCUUCAUCAGUUACACUCCAAGUUUUGUACAAAUUAAAAACUGCCAAAAUAUUUGAAAAACCAAAAAAGGAAAGUCAAGACGAUGAUCCAUUUGCUGUGUAUUUAAUACAUUUGUGUCCAGAGAGCCGAACAUUGUGUCUAGCGGGAGCAACUCAUUUAAUACUCUUUAAAUUCUCAAAACAAGAGAUAUCAACAGAAGUCUCAAGUUUGGAUAUUUCUAUUGUGUAUGAAGUGUUUGAUGAUUUAGAUUCACCAGAUUUUGAGUGUCCAAAAUCAUCUACCCCAAGUCUUAGUGUAGUUAGUCAGCAGCAAAGUGGUAGUAUGGGGUCAUACUCAAGUAAUACCUCAGAUAGUCAUAGCUGUAAACUGGAAACAGGGACAGCAUUGAUUGUAAAGUCUGGUAGUCGGAAGUUCAGUGCUGGUUACUACUCAGAUUUAGUAUGUUUAUUACAAUAUCUGGAUAGUGAACAUCCUGGAAAUAUUACAUAUAUAUCAGUCAACUCAGUGUAUGGAUUAUUAGCGUUUGGUAAUGAGUCAGGACUAGCAAUUAUAGAUUAUCUGCAAAAAACGUGUCUUUUAAAUUUAGGAACUCCUGAUUUAUAUGGUUCUAUGGAUCCCUAUCAGAGGGCUCCAAGGUCGCCCAGGGGUAAAAAGUUUAACCAAGCAGAGUUUUCAGGGAAUGAGGAAGGCUGUCGUUCUCCCACCACUGAUCAAUCACCAUCCCCUGAAACCAACCCUGCCAGAUUAAAGAAAAAAUCCUCUUGGCCUAGCGAUUACCCUUUGUUGGCUAUUAAAGAAAGUCAACAGACAGACUCCGAUAAAAGUGAUCACGAGGUUAAUUCUAGUGUUGAUGAAGAAAUUGUUGAAACUGCAGUUUUAGCAGAAACUUUGGAUAAUGAUACUAAUACUUUAAAUGAUAAAAAGGAAAGUGAUGACGGUGGUGGUGGAAUUGGUAUGGAAGCGUCCAUGAGGAAAAAUAUUCGUCGAAUGUCCGUUCAACCACUUACGCUUCCAAGUUUGAAAGUCCAGCUGGCGGAGACGUCCUACUCGGAUGAAGAAAGAACACCUACAAACAAUAACAAUGACCAUAAUUUGACAUUAGAAGAAAUGCCAUAUAUGGGGAAAAAGAAGAAAGUAGGAAAAACGAAAUCAGAACCCAGUGGUUUGAUUGCAAAAUACUCAAAUGGUAAAGGUGAUGAUAGACCAAGGUCAUCAUCAGAACCUGAUAUUGACGUGGAACCUCCGGAAAAACAGAAAACCAGGAAAAUCUCAUUACAUAAACUUGGUUUUCAUCGUAAAAAAUCUCAUUCUUCUAAAAAAUUAAGAGAAGAUGCUGGAAUUUCAAGUGAUAGUGACAAUUUAAACAAUAGUAAAUCAUCGCACACAGAUGACAUUGACUUUCAUAAAGACAAGCACCAUAAAGAGAUUACGGACGAUGAUACAGACGAGGAGAAACCAGAUACUGGAUUUUUCAAAAGUAUGAGGCGAAUGAGUGUCCAAAUUCAAAAUAAGCUUUUCAAAGAGGAUGACAACAAGAAACCCAAACUCGAAGUUCUAGACUUGUCAAAUGAUAAAGAAGGGCAUACAACAAUUAGAAAAAUGAGCAUUACAGAAUUAUUACAACCGGCCAUUGUUUACCUCAAACCUGAUUGUGAUAAAAAUGAUGGUGCAUCUUUUUCUCGGUCCCGUAGUUCUAGUAUGUCAAGUUUAGAGAAUGUCUCAAAAGAAGCUAUUCAGUCUCUUAUCUUUGCUGACUCAUAUACCAGAAAAACAGAUAAUUUUACCUGCCCAUGUCUCUGGGUAGGUACCAGCCUGGGUUCAGUGCUGGUAAUUGUGCUAAAUCUACCUCCCCCGGGAGACCAGCGACUUAGUCAACCUGUGAUAGUCUCACCCAGUGGAACAAUAUUUAGGUUGAAAGGAGCAAUAUUAACCAUGUCUUUCUUAGAUUGUAAUGGGGUGCUAAUUCCUUCCAUACAUAAGGCAUGGAGGGACAAAACAGAACAAAAGGAGACGCCAACAAAGGAACCGAAAACGCCAAGACAAUUGUCUAUGGCCCAGAAACCAAGGAUCUCACCUACUUCAUCAACUGAAGUCUCAGAUAAACAAUAUGCUGUUUUAUGCUCAGAAAAACAAGCAAGAGUUGUGUCCUUGCCAUCUCAGUCAUGUCCAUAUAAAACAAGGAUCACAGAUUCAUCGUUUGUUGUACGAGCUGAUAUUGUUUCAAUGAGAGAUAGUGUUUGUUUAGCGUGUUAUAUUGCCAAUGGUCGGAUUAUGACAUUUAGUUUACCCAGCCUUAAGCCUCUUCUAGACAUAGAUUUUCUAGCAUUAACAGACCUGCGGAUAGCCCGAACAUUUAGUUUCAGUAGUAAUGGACAUGCUAGUUAUCUAUGUUCACCAACUGAGAUUCAAAAAAUAUCGUUUUCUGCUGACCUAAGUGAUAAUUUAAACGAAAUGUUGGGAGAUUUGUUUGUAGCAACAUGUGACACACCAGAAGCUCCUAAACAAGGCUUCUUCAAGAACCUGUUUGGUGGUGGAAACUCAAUCCUAGACAGAGAAGACCUAUUCGGUGAAUCUAGUGGUAAAGGGUCAAGAGGAUUGGCUACAAAGAUACCAGGACGAACUAACAUGCAGUAUCUACAAGCUGGAACUGUUGGAGUCACUGGAGAAGUGGCUAAGACAAGACAGUUAUUCUUGGAGAGGGGAGAGAAACUUGGAGAACUUGGUGAACGGACAGAACAAAUGUUACAAAAUGCAGAAAGCUUCUCAAGUGCUUCACAAGCAAUAAUGUUAAAAUACAAAGACAAAAAGUGGUAUCAGUUUUAAUUCUCAGCACGCCAAUCAUUGACAGCCACGUCAUCAUGAUAAGACUCAUAGCAUACAAUGGCAAAGAUUUGAUUCUGCCAUGGCAAAAGAUCAUUAUCAGAGUUUGCAGAAGUAGCAAAAACUGUAGGAUGUAAAGUGUUGCCAUCCUAACACAGAUAUGUUACUGUAAUGCUCCACCCAUGACAAGAGUUGCUAUUGUUUUAUUAGUUGCCAUGACAACUAGAAUUGAAUAAUGGUGUAUUGGAACCUAGUUUGUGCAAUAAUUAUAAAUUUAAGAUAUUUAUAAGGUCUAGAUUUUUUUUCUUCUGUUUAUUGAAAUAUUCUGAUUUGUAUGUGUAGAGUGAUUUUUUUUAUAUAUAUGAUUAAGAAAUAUAUAUUCAUUAUUUUAUUGGGAAAAUGCAAUUUUUUAUUGACUGUGUUUUCAUUAAUUUGUUCUUUAAGUUAUUUAGCACGUCUAUAAAUCUACACAAUUAAUUUCUACUCUUAAUAAUGGAGCAUUCCAGUACCAAUGUUUUUAAAAUAAGUAAGUAGGUUCUGAUGGCUUAACAUUUGCCCUUAAACUCCAUGAAAUACAAACUAUUUAAAGUGAUCAUAUACAUUACAAAAUUUAAAUGAAAAACUUUGAAAAUUACAGAAUCUUAUGUUUCCAUUUAAUGAUUGGUGAUAAUACCUUUACAGAAUGUUAAUUGUUUUAAAUGA